UCUGUGCGUCGGGACGGGUGAUAGGCCACGAUCGGCCACUAGAUGACAACCCCGUUUUUUGGGGGCGGCAUUUAAUACCGGAUGGCGCCCAAUGAUAAGUUAUCGAAUGGGCUUGAAGACGUGGGGGCACGAGGGUUUUAAGCAAAACUUGCCCUGACGCUAGACGUCACUGGCUCACGAUAAGCUAUCCCACUCGGCGAUGGCCGACUUCCGUUGGGGGGAAGUCGGUCAGGUGUGCCACAGAAAGCCAUAUUUUUAGGUAACGCAACGAACUUCGGUGACGCCCCUGACGAUCUAGAUUCCGAUAGAACCACACGGACUAAUUACAUCCCUAACAUCACCGGGGCCUACACUUUAUCUUUGUUAUCCUACCCACCGGGGGCGGCCGAGCUAGACUCCCGAACUCAAUUCCUUCAUUUUAAUUCCACUUCUUGGCGAUAGUGCGUUGCAAAAAUGCCCGCCAUUGACACCACGAAAGAGUUAUCGGAGCUCUUCCUUCUUCAGGCCCAGGCCACCCCCAAUGCCGUUGCUCUGGAAGACGACACGGCGGCUUGGACCUAUGCCGAGCUAGAUCGGGAGACCGCCGCCCUCGCCCAGCGGCUACGGAAGCACGGAGUGGGUCGCGACGGCCUCGUCGGUGUGCUCCUCGGCCGAAGCGCGGACUACGUCAUAUCCUGCCUUGCCGCGCUUCGGGCCGGCGGAGCGUUCCUCGUCCUCGAGCUUGCUUACCCGCCCGGCCUGCUGGCUGAUGUGGUUGAGGAUGCCCGGCCUACUGUUGUGCUCACGCACAGGGCCCAUGCCGGAAAGAUCAAUGCCGACGUGCCUUUGAUCAUCCUCGAUGAACCGGAGACUGCCCCUAUUACCAACGGGGUGGGAGAGUCCAAUGGUGCCGUGAACGGACUGGCCCACCCGCCCGCCGAGAGUGACCUUGAGCGACUCGCCUUCGUGUCAUACUCGUCCGGCACUACCGGCCGUCCUAAGGGCAUCGCAAAUCCGCACAUGGCUGCAGUGCGCUCAUACAACCUGAGGUUUGGUCUCAGUGAUCUCCAGCCAGGGGAUCGCGUGGCCUGCAAUGUGUUCUUCAUCUGGGAAAUCCUCCGGCCCCUGCUGCGAGGCGCGACGGUAGUCGUCGUCCCAGACGAGGCGAGCUACGACCUCGUUGCUCUCGUGGAUCUGCUCUCGGCGAAGAGAGUCACGGAAACGCUCAUGACACCCACGCUGCUAGCUUCGCUCCUCUCUCGACACUCAAAGUUGGGAGCACGCCUGCCGGAACUGCGCACAUUAUGGCUCAAUGGUGAGGUCGUCACCACCGACCUAGCCCGCCGAGCCCUGCAAGCCCUUCCAAAGACGCGCCUCCUCAACUGUUACAGCUGCAGCGAGACGCACGAGGUUGCCUGCGGUGACAUUCGAGAGAUGCUUGGCGGACUGGAUGAAUCUGCUGCUGUGUGUCCAGUGGGGCCACUCAUGGAUCCCGAACACGCCUACAUCCUCGACGAGGGCGGCCAGAAAGUCGAACCAGGCGUUAGUGGAGAGCUGUUUGUGGGUGGAGAUACUUUGGCUCGAGAAUAUCUCAACCUCCCCGAAGCCACUGCCAAGGCUUUCAAGCCCAACCCCUUCGAUCAGACUCCUGGAGCACGGCUGUAUGCCACGGGAGACUUGGCACGGAUUCUUCCCUCCGGGCUGCUGGAGAUCACGGGCCGCGUCGGAUCCAUGAUCAAGGUCCGAGGCUACAGCAUCUACCCCUGCGCUGUUGAGGGCGCGAUUGUGAAGCAGCUUGCUGUUCGUCACUGUGUUGUUGUGGCCCACGGUGACGGCCUCGAACGACAGCUUGUUGCUUAUGUCGUCCGUGACGAAGAAUCAUCAUCCGGGAAUCGCGCAGUUCUUGUAAUCGACCAGGCUGGCUACAGUCCCGUUGCCCGCAAGACGCUGUCAGAACACCUGGCCCAGUACAUGAUUCCAGCCGUGUGGGUUGAGCUCGACGAGUUGCCCACUCAUGAAGUCUCUGGGAAGGUCGAUCUCAAACGACUCCCUCCCCCGACCAAGUCCGGCGCCACCACCCCCAACGGCGAGAGCGAGCGCGACAAGAAGAUCACAGGCAAGAUGGUCGCCGAGAUGUGGGCUUCGUCUCUCAACAUCCCACCGGGUGCCGUGACUCAGGAGCGCGACUUCUUCGAUCUUGGCGGGCAUUCGUUGGCGCUUGCAGACCUGGCUGGCCGGCUGACCAAGACUUUCGGUUUCCCUGUGCCUUUGGGUCGUCUCGCCGAAAAGCCGACGCUUGAGGGGCAUGUACAGGUUGUGCUAGAUGCUCGUGAUGGGCAUACGGCACUAGUGCAAGCCGAUUUACCUUCCGUCUUGCGAGCCGAUUCUGCCCUUGCAGAUGACUUGCAGCUCCCGAAGUCUGGAGCCUCGUUCCGCCCAAUUAGUGAAGCAAGCACGGUGCUGCUGACGGGAGUGACUGGCUUCUUAGGUGCCUUCCUGCUCAACGACAUCAUGGAAAGCACCUCCGCCAAGAUUAUUUGUCUUGUCCGUUUCAACGAACCGUCACUCAGCGAUCGUCCCGCGGGCAUGGCACGACUCCGCAAGAAUCUUGUCGACCUCGGAAUAUGGAACGACUCGGUCCUCGACCGGGUGGAGAUUCUGCCUGGCAACCUAUCCCAGAAACGCCUCGGUCUGUCACCCGACGCAUUCGAGGAGCUUGCGUCUCGUGUUGAUGUCAUCAUCCACGCUGGCGCCACUGUCAACCUCGUCUAUCCGUACGCCGCACUCCGCAGCGCCAACGUGGGAGGCACGAGAGAGAUCCUGCGCUUGGCCUUUGCCGGCGGCGCAACUGUCCAUCACGUCUCCACAAACGGCGUGCUACCGCCGUCGACGGAGCCGUGGGCCGAAGAUACCAUGGUCGACCUCGACUCGGUGCCGACAGAACUGCUUGAUGGAUAUAGUCAGACUAAGUGGGUUGCCGAGGAGCUCGUUCUAGAAGCUGCCAGACGCGGGUUACCGGCGAGGAUAUACCGUCCCGGAACUAUAAGCGGCCAUAGUGCUUCCGGCUCGACAAAUGCGUGGGAUCUGCUCACUGCCAUCCUGGUCGAGUCGAUGCACCUUGGCUGUGCACCUGACAUUGAAGGGUGGCUAGUGGAGAUGACGCCGGUCGACUUCGUCAGCAGAGCCAUCACCACGCUCUCCAAGCACGCCGACUCCAGCCAGCGUAUCUUCCAUCUCGGUAAUCCCAGUCCCGUGUCUGCGCGGUCGGUCUUCGACAGUCUUGCGGCGCUGGGAUACUCCACCGAACGGCUGGGGUGGGACGAAUGGGCGGCGCUCUGGACCGAGAAAAGGGGCUCGGGCAAGUGGGGCGGCGAUUCCUUCACCGUCGACAUCCUCCGCGGCGGCAUGCCCACUGUGGACUUUUUGAAAUCCGUCAUCGUGCUCAACGAUGCCGCCACUAAGCCCAUUCUUAGCCAGUACGGCAUGAAGCGCCCAAGUAUCGACGCUGGAUUGCUCGAGACAUACACUCGCCACUUCUAUGCCAGGGGAUGGCUGCCAAAGCCUCCGACACAGCACAAGGCUCGAGACUCGACGCAACAAUUGCAGAAAGGCCCGUUGCACGGCAAAGUCGUCGUCGUGACUGGAGCUUCUUCCGGAAUCGGUGCCGCGGUCGCAUCGGCUCUCGCGCAAGAAGGCGCCUCGGUAGCUCUCGCGGCUCGGCGCACAGAAGCCCUCGAAGCCCUCGGAAACCAACUCAAGAGCCACGGGGUCAAAGUCCUGAUCCACAAGACUGACGUCACAGAUGCGGCACAAGUCGAGUCGCUAAUGCGCACGACCAACGACGAGCUCGGCCCAGUCGACAUCCUCGUCAGCUGCGCCGGCGUCAUGUACUUCACUAUGAUGGCCAACUGCCACACCGAGGAAUGGGACCGCACCGUCGACGUGAAUUGCAAGGGUCUCCUCCACUGCCUGGCACACACGGUGCCCGGCAUGCUGUCCCGCGGCAGCGGUCACAUCGUCGCCAUAUCCUCCGACGCCGGGAGGAAGGUGUUCCCCGGCCUGGGCGUGUACUCGGCCAGCAAGUUCUUCGUCGAGGCCACGCUGCAGAGCCUGCGACUCGAGACGGCCGGUAAGGGGUUGCGCGUCAUGUCGGUGCAGCCCGGGAAUACCGCUACCGAUCUGCUGGGCAUGUCGACCGAUGCCGAGGCGGUCAAGCAGUACGGCGAGCCGUCUGGGGCGAAGAUCAUGGAUCCGGACGAUGUCGCUAGGGCGAUUGUGUUUGCGCUCCAGCAGCCUGAACAUGUUGCCAUCAAUGAGGUUUUGAUCGAGCCCCGGGAUGAGCCCAUCUAGUCGGGGUGGAAAUAUCGAACAGCGUCGGUGGGGGGUGAAGGAUGCCGUGUCGAGGAACGGACGUGUCUCUGCAACUUGACGAGGGGAGUGGUACUGCUAUAUCGGUGCUAGCUACUCCGUUCCGUUCUUGUUGGUCACUAUUACAUAGUACAUUUGCCUUUCCCCCCCUUUUUGUGUCCCCUUCCCCAAGCUAAUUAUGCAGUCCCGACGCUGGGUCAAGGCUGGGUUGAGGUUCAAUAAUUACGUAGCCAUGCUUUUAGGGCGCUUCAACAUAUGGCGAGAGCUCGUUGGGUCAACCUCCAAUGGGACAGGGAUAUGGGAUGGGAAUGAGAAUUCGGGGAAUAAUAUGGGUUGCCAUGCUGUUUUGUGUUUUGAUAUGUCAGGUUCCGGGUCGAAUUGUAGUUAACAUAAUAUUUAGAAAUCGAAGGCGCAGCUGUUCAUUAACAGAGCGGAUCUAUA